GCGGCGCGGGCGCGGGCGGCGCCAUGACGCGGCGCCCGCCACCAUGACGCUGCCGCCGCCCGCGCGCCCCGCGCACUACCCCGCCGCGCAUCGCGCAAUGCGCUAUUACCGCAUCUGGAUUUACGCGUGCAACGGGGCACUGCUGCUAGGGGCGCUUGCGUUUUGUGCAGCAGCGGGCCGCGCACUCGCGGACUAUCGUCGCGCUCUAGUUCCUGGUCUAGGCGCUGCUCAACCCGGUUUUCUCUACGGCUACGCAGCCUUGCCUGCCCAAGCUGGUCUUUUGCAACUUUUGGGUUGCUUGGCUGCAUUGCGCCUCUCAGAACGUAUGCUCAACGCCUAUUGGCUUGCAUUGCUAGCGCUACUCGUUGGUGACGCAGCGAUUGGUGUCUAUUGGGCAUUCCGAUUCGAGCGCGUUUGUCGAGAAUUACGACCACAACUACGUAUACGGUUAGCAAAGGACUACGACUUAGACGGCGAUUUUGCAGAGGCUUGGGACCGAUUACAGAGAGAACAGCGCUGCUGCGGAGUAACCGGUCCGGCAGACUUUACAGCUUUUAAUCGGACUACAUUACCACCCAGUUGUUGUCGAAUACCGGCCCACACACCUGCCGUGACGCCCGCCACAUUAGCUGCAACCUCCGCUACGUCACCUGUGCCAUUCACACCAGUUCACUGUGUGCCGCACACGGCUGCUUGUGCUGAACGGUUACUAUCUUGGUUACGAAGAACUGCGGAUGCGUUAUUUGUUUUAGGGUAUUGCGUUAUAGCAUUUUUAAAAUUGUGCUUCCUUGGAAUAUUACGCUACGAAAUUAAAGAGAUGAUACAAAAAAUUAGAAUAUUACGAAGUGAAGGCGCAGGUGAGCUUCUAGAAGGAAGCCCAAUGCAUGGAGGGCCAUUGUCACAGACCGUUGUAGUUAAUGCUGUAAAUGCUAACGGAGGAGUCCGCACUCACGGUGGGAGUCCAGAACGGGCGGGAGAAAGGGAGGCUCUUCUCGGACGAGCUUCAGAACCAUGCUCACGACGUAGCUUACACGACGAGCCCCUCGGGCCAAAAACCGUUAACGGUAACAAUAAUUGCGAGAUGCGCGAGCUGGCGCGAGGAGAGUACCGACCUCUGGCAGCUGACAGUGCAGCAACUCGAAUCUGACUAAGAUGUUACUUGGAGCGGUUGUUCGGGCGUCGAUGGCGCUCCUUUCCGGCAGAUGGCUUUGAGGUGGAGCCCCCGAUGACGCGUGGAGUACCAGUGUGUGUACGCCGUUCGGGGGCUCGCGUGCGCCUCGACCACCGCCGCCACACACGCUCCGAAUUCGAACUUUAAGUGCGCGAUCGUCAACCGGUGCCGGCACAGCCGCUUCGUUUGCGGUGGUCAUAUCGCCGCCGUCUAUUGAUGACUAGUUCGUGUGACUAUGUGUAUUUUGUGUUUACAAUAUCAUAGUUUGUACAUCAGUCCUGGUUAUUUAUGUGAAGUAAAUGACAUUCCGCGUUGUUACCGUAGAAGAAUUGUGAUCUGCGUGAACUAUACAUUAUUAAGUGGCAACGAGUAAUUUAGAUGAGAUAAACCGAUUCCACGAGCAAAGCUUGUGUUUAGUUCCUAUGCUUGGCAGUUUAUAAAUUAUUUGAAUUUUAGUAUUUACUAUAAUAUUUUGUUUAAAUUAAUAUCAUAAAAUAUAGUCGAGUGCGUGGAUAUGUGUUCUUAGCCACAGAGGGUGGUAGUAUAUGUCAUUUGAGAGAGGGUGCAUUUGAUGUAUUUGUACCAAAAAUAAUUAUUGAUAUAUUGAUUGUAUUAUUUUAGAAUUAAGUCAGCUUUUGAUUGUAUACCAAUAGAUUUAAAUGAUGUACGUCGACUAAGGUUCAAAUUAUCUUUUAUCAAUUUACUUAGCGUAAGUAUUGUUAGUUUCAACACCGAAGAAUUAUGAUAUAUUUUUACCGAAUCAAAAGUAAGACUUAAAACUCUUGGUUAUAUUAUAGUUCCAUAAUAAUACGAGUUCGUCAUACUUCGUUUUUUGGAUUUGAAUUAUUCAUUCAUAGUUUUUUUUUUUAUUUGAACCCACGAUUCAAACGAUCAAAGAACUAAGUCUUUGAGGUCAUCUUUUGUUACUGAUUGUAAAUAAAUAGAUUCAAUUUAUGACACGUGUAGUACGCGAGUUGUGCAUGGACAGGUUGACAAAAUAGUACUGAUAUGAGCUUAAACGACGUAGUGCCUAAUUAUAAAAGCUUAUAAAUAAACAGAUAAAAGUUGAAUAACCAUUUUUUUUUAACAUCAACUUUCUGUUAUCCAUAAUAUUUGUAAAAAACGUUCUAAAAUUUCGAGUGUGUAUUAAAUAUUUCUCUUGGUUAUCAGGUCAUGGGAGCAUUUACGUAUUAAAUGGCUGUGUAAAUAAAAUAGGUGUAACCUAAUCCUCCUUAUUAAUAAAUAAUAAUAUCUUGAUCAAAUUUUUGUCAUCAAUUGGGUUGUUUCCGCUUUUUUUAUUAACCCAAAACAUAUUAAUAAUAAUAUUAACUUAUGAAAUUGUUUAUAUCAGUCGGUCAAAUAAAAUCGACUUAUUAUCCAUUCCUUACAUAGCCAAUGAAUCACCAAUAUUGGAAACUAGCAUGCUAUGUCUGAUGUGCGAGAAGUUACUGUUACAGAACAGUACUGACUGUUGCUGUUUCGCGGUAAAAUAUGUAUUGGGAUGGCAGCUACCCAGAUCAGCUUACUCCAAGUGAUCUUUUUAUUUAAUAUUUGAAAUGAACUUUGAAAUAAUAGUCUGUUUCAAAUAAUUACGCAUGAUAUUAUAUGAUUCAUUCUGUUUAUUUCUUUUGUUAAAUAAAUAGAAUUUUGCCUUACCACCAACUAAUGAUUACAUUAAACGGACUUUGACACUCAAUCAAAGACCGUUU